AUGCAGGUCUCUGAAAUAGAUAACGUUAAAAUCUAUAACCUCAGUGUUGGAAAAUCUCUUCCAGAUUGGUUAACGGAAAGAAAAAAGCGAGCUUUGUUAAAAACGAAUGUGAAUUUGCGAAGGCGAAUUGAAUUAAUUCAAGAGUUUGAUAUGCCAGGUGUUAGCACCAGUCUUCGUGUUUCCAAAGAUGGACAGUAUAUAAUGGCCACGGGCAUUUAUAAACCUAGAUUAAAAUGUUUUGAUGUAAAUAAUUUAUCUUUAAAGUUUGAGCGCUGUUUAGAUUCUGAAGUAGUUACAUUUGAAAUUUUAAGUGAGGAUUAUUCAAAGAUUGUGUUUUUGCAGUGUGAUCGGUAUGUUGAAUUUCAUGUUGGACAUGGUCGCCAUUACCGUCUAAGAGUGCCUCGCUUUGGAAGAGACAUUGCAUACCAUAAACCAUCCUGUGAUCUGUUUAUCGUUGGAGCAUCGUCGGAAGUAAAUAGAUUAAAUUUAGAAUUAGGACAAUUUCUAGCACCUUUUGUAACAAAAGCUAAUGAAAUCAACUGUUGUGCAGUUAAUGAAGAACAUGGAUUGUUAAUACUUGGAACAGAAUCUGGCCAUGUGGAAGCCUGGGAUCCGCGCACAAAGUCCAGACAAGGAAUCCUCGACUGUGCAAUGCAUUGUACAGAUUCAGAAUACAAGAAUGGUAUGUUACCUGCUAUAACUGCUGCUAAGUUUGAUGGUCCCUUAAGAAUGGGUGUGGGCACAUCUACAGGCCAUGUGUUAUUGUAUGAUAUCAGAUCAAGUAAACCUCUACUAAUAAAAGACCACAUGAAUGAGGCACCCAUAAAGGCAUUAGAAUUCCAUAAACAAAUGAAUUAUGUUUAUUCCAUGGAUUCCACUGUCGUUAAAAUAUGGGAUAAAAAUACAGGCAAACAGUAUACAAGCAUACAAUCAUCAGCGGACUUCAAUGACCUGUGUGUUAUACCUAACACAGGGCUUAAUUUGAUGGCAGUUGAAGAUGAAAAAAUGCAGAUUUAUUACAUACCAUCUCUAGGACCUGCUCCAAGAUGGUGUGCAUUCUUGGACAACUUAACUGAAGAACUAGAAAGCUCAGCAACACAAACUGUAUAUGACGAUUAUAAAUUCAUUACUAAGCAGGAACUUGAAUCACUUGGCUUAGAUCACUUGCUAGGAACAAAUCUAUUGAGAGCAUAUAUGCAUGGGUACUUUGUGGAUGUACGGUUGUAUAAGAGGGCGAAGUCAAUAGCAGAACCAUUUGCAUUUGAGCAAUACAAAAAACGCAAAAUCAGAGAGAAGAUUGAACAGGAAAGGCCAUCCAGAAUCAAGAUCGAGGACAAUUUACCGAAAGUUAAUAGGGACCUGGCGUCUAAGCUUUUGGAAGAUGACGGCAAAAAGAAGAAACAAUCCAAGAACUUGCUCAACGACGACAGAUUUAAGGCUCUAUUUGAAAACCCUGAUUUUGAAGUCGACAAAGAUGCUGAAGAAUAUCGUCUUAUUAAUCCAGUUCUUUCUAGGAAGGAUAAAAAUAAAGAUAAAAAACCAAUGGCUGAAAUUAUGGAGGUCGACGAAAAUGAAGAUAAAGAUUCAGAUAAGGAACUGUACGAUGUCACUGAUGAUGAAAGCUCUGAUGAGGAUAGAUCCUGGGUAAAGGAAGUUAAAAAGCAACAUAAAAUCAUAAGAAAUAAUAAAGCACAGGAAGAAGAUUCACAAGCUGAGGUAGAAAAAGUUUAUGAAUUUAAUAAAGCUCCUGGCAAUACCAACAUAAUUAGAAAUGUAACGCGGGUAAAUAAAGCUAGUUUAGGAGAUAGAUUAACAAAAGAGGGAUUUUCAACAAUGGUCAGUACUGCUGGAGGAAAUCGGGAAAUGAAAUACACUAUGAAGGGAAAGAAGUCAGACUCUGAAAGGAUCAAGAAAAUGAAGAAACAUCACCAAGAAAGAAAACAGUUUGUACGACGAACAGGAUUCCUAACGAAAACAAAGCUUCCAAGAUAA